GUCCGCUGUGAGCCUAGCGGUUUAUUUGAGUUAUUUUGUUCGUGCGCUUAUCAUGAGCUCUGCUUCAGAUCUGAGUGAUGCUGAGGUGCUGCCUCCUGCGACAUUUGUAAGUCGCACCACUCGUCCUCCGGUUCUGGUACUGAGCAGUGACAGCGAAGAAGAAACUCCAGUCUGCUUCCCUGUAGCUCAAGCACAGCGGAAUGUUGCACCACGCCCCUUGGGAGGCAAAACAAGUCAUCCACCGCCCCGCCCCCGAGGAGCGACCGCAUCACGUGAUAAUGCUGGGGUUUCCCUUCCCAAGAAGAGAGCAAAGGAUCCCGAGGUUGUGACAGUGCGUAUAGAUCCGGGUCUCCUGCAGGGUGGGUGUGGUGGUCAAGUGCUGAGUGCUCUGCAGGCUCAGGAAACUCCAUGUGUAAUCCAGUCACAGACUGUACCGAGGAGCAUAACAUGGACCCGGACAUGUGGGGAGGCACAGGCAGCCGACACCACUGUGGAAGAAGAUGAUAUAAUUAUCCUUGUUCCUAUGGAGGAGUUUGUCACAAUGGUUCAUACCAGCAGGAAGGAGCCACACUGUGGUAGCAGUAUGAUGACGCUGAGCAGCUUUGUGGCCCAUAUAAUGUCAAGCAGGAGUGGAAAGGCACCAACAAUGGUGGUCAUGGAGGUGGAGAAAUACUUCAAGGAGCAGAAGGGACAGAGCAGGAAGAAGAUGCGGGAAGCUGUGCGAGGAGAGACAGCUGGGCCUCGCAGGAAGAAAGGAGCACAGGAGACUUUACCUGUCCUCAGUAGGGUGGACAUUGAAGAGACCCUGAUACAGUUGGAGUUGUGUACAGGUGCCCACGUGUGGUUCUUGGAGACCUGGAAGGAGUUUUCUGAUUUUGUCUGCAUGUUCACCAAGGCUAUAACUGAGGCACCAACCAAGAGGCAGCGGGAUAAUUCUUCCUUCUCUUUUUACCUGGACGGAGAGUGGGCAGGUGGGAUACGUGUUGACCGUUGUGGGAAUGGGCUCUUGGAGGUCUGGAGGAGGCAGUUUCAGCAAUUCAACAGAGUCAGUGUUGAGAUAGCAAAUGCAGUGGUGGCUUCAUAUCCUUCUCCUCAGUUAUUAGUGCAGGCUUAUCGUGAUUGUCGCACAGAGUCCCAGUGUCACAACCUGCUUAGCGAUAUCCUUGUACGUCGAGGAGAAGGAGUCAUCUCUACUUCUCGCCGAGUGGGUCCUGAGUUGUCCAAACGGAUAUACUUGCAGCUGAUGUCGCUAGAGUCUGAACUGUCGCUGGAAGUGUCCUGAUGGAGCAGAUUUAUCGCAGCAGACGGUGCUAACUGUACUGAUGUAAUGACUGACCGCUCGCAGGAGUAAUCGAAACCAAAGGAAAAUAUUGCACUUGAAGUGAAUUCUUGUUUCCAGAAAGCUUUGUGCUUCUGGUUUAUUUUCCCACUACAGAAACCAUUUUAUUUCACAUUUAUUACAAUUAUAGGGCUGUAACAUUUCGGACAACUGGCUAUUAAUCAUAUGAGAGAGAUCAACUAUAUAACAACACAAUAAAAGUUGCUUUUGAAUUUCGCAGCUGCAAGGCAUAGAAAGGAUCCAGCCUCACCAAGCUCCCUGGCGCUUGGGUUUGUCAAGCCCUGCAAAAGGGGCGUUCCAGCCAAAAUUGGAAUUCACAUGGAUGCAUUUUUUUAACAUGUAUUAUCAAAAAUACUUCUAAUAAAAGCUAUAGCUGUUUCAGUAGUGUAUUUAAGUAUGAUCCGUGCACCAGCAUUUUAAAUGCAGCACUUGCUCAGAGAGCCUUAGAUGCUGGUAAUGACUUAAUUUGUUCAUUGCUGACAUGAUACAAGUCCCACUGGUGCUCUGAGCAGCUGCAGUAUUUAAAAUGCUUGUGCACUGAGAAUAUCUAGCUAUGCUUCACAGGCACGUGCAGAGACGAGUGCUAACACUAAAACAGUGAUAACUUUUACUAGAAGCAUUUUUGCCAAUACCUGUAUAAGGCAAAUCUGUUUCUAUUCAAAGGUGUAAUUCAUUUAUGUGCAUUUAAAUUUUGACCGGACUGUCCCUUCAAUUUAUGGAAACAAGAACUUUACGCUUCAGGUCUUCAAUAUUUAAAAUACAAUUUUAAAAAUUACAUUUAUAUAUAA